UUUCCGACCGAUCACUUCCCAGCCGAGCAUAGCAGAGAGCAGUCAGCCCGUCGUGUCUCUACCCGAGGCCGGAUGGUAAAAUCCAACCUCCAGCGGAUCCUAAACAGUCAUUGCUUUGCUCGCGAGAAAGAAGGAAAACAGCAGCCUUUUACUACCAUGGCGGAUUUAAGUAGCGGUAUCUGUGACAUGAUUGGGAAGCUGUCCCUGCACUGUAGUAGUACCCGUGGCCCGGGGCCUCUGUGGUGCUCCGAUGCCCCUCUCCCACCCCUGAAGAUCCCAGGUGGGCGAGGGAAUGGCACACGGGAUCACACUCCUUCAGCUCGGCCGGUCUACUCAGACCGAAAGUUGACUGUAACGGAGGAGCCGGCAGGGAAUGGUCGCCCUGGGAUACUCCACUUCCAAAGUCGUCCCACUGUUACCAAGACAAUACAGUGGGAUGCUGUCCUAAGCAGCAGCGCACUCUAUGUGGAGAUACCUCUUGACCCUCUUCCUGAAGGCAGCAAGGAGAGUUUUGCGGCUCUCCUGGAGUAUGCUGAAGAACAUCUGAAAGUCGUUAGCGUGUUUGUCUGCUUUUACAAGAACAGAGAUGAUCGUGCUAAACUGGUGCGUACCUUCAGUUUCCUGGGCUUUGAGAUUGUGAAACCGGGCCAUGCCCUCGUCCCACCUCGACCCGACGUUUUCUUCAUGGCCUACAACUUUGACAGGGACUCCUCGGACGAGGAGUAGCCCUGGACCGCCCCUCCACCCCACCCUUACUUCCCUUUUUCUUCCCAUCGUGUGUUUGCCCAUCCCGUCCCAGCUUUCCCAUAUUCACCACCGUCUGUGUUACACCCUCGGCGGUAGCUCUCUGUAUGCAAGUAUUCAUUCCCCCCCACGCUUUUUGUGUUCAAGGGAAAAUGUAAGCUGUGCAUCUCCUGUCUUCACCAUCUAUCUUUGUGUGUUUUAACAUACUAUUUUCAUUAAGGAUUAAUUGAUGUUGUCAUCUAAAAAGGAGGGAACCUUUGCUUUUUGGACUUAUUGUCAUGUUGCAGUUGUCAUAGUUUUAAGUUAAGCUCUCAUGUAAUUUCAGUUUCUUGUCAAGUCUUUGUUUUAUUUCCUUUUAUGAUAGAUUAAGGUGGAGGAUUCUUCAUUUCUUGAAUGUACAACAAAAGGUCAUCAGGUUUACACUCGGGUACUCCAGCUUUUUGAUUGGCUAAAUUCUGACUUUAAAAUAUGUCCCCAUAUUUUCUUUCUCUCUGAACUGAAUUACAAAUACAUUUCAGCGGGACCAAUUUCAUUUUGUAGCACUAAUAUCCUCUUAAAAGUAUUAGGAUUUUUGAAAUGUUACUUCUGAGCGACAGCCCCAAUAAUUGGUACUUCAUAGCUGAAUAGUGAAUCCAUUUAGACUAGAGGUGGAGUGAAAAGAUGAAAACUGUUGCAUGUGUCAGUUUCAAGUUUAAGAUCCUACAAUGAGUGUGUUGGUACAAAGCGAAAGGAAAGUGAAUAAUCCAAAGUGCUUUUGCUUCUUUCUGCCAUGUGUAUCUGAUGAUAUUGUAGUAUUUUGUUCUGGAGGUUGAAAAAUAUUGCUGUGAUUGGAUUUUCUUUUUUUUUUGGGAUUAGCAUUCCUUUUCAACUUUUUUUUUUUUCAUGAUA